GCGCGCAUGCGUAUUGUGACAACAACAAUGCGGUUGACAUAACCUCAAAAUGGUAUAAUCACGAAAUGAAUUGAAUUAAAUAAAUAAGUAAUUAAAGAAUAAUAAAAAAGGAUUUUAAUUAACAAUUAUUGAAAUUUAUCAAUAAAAAAUGGAUAAAUUAUAUAAAUAUUCUAAACAUACGUAUAAAUAUAACAUAAAGUCAAAGUAUGGUUCCAAAGGUGUCAAAAAAAUCUGGCAAAAAGAUGCUGUACAAUACAACAAAGUUACAUACUAUCCACGUGUACUUGAUCAUCAAGAUCCUCCAAUAAAGCCAUCAAAAUUAUUAAUGAUAGAAAAAGUGAAACCUUAUAAAGGACAGCCAUACUGGGACAAAAGAAUUCUUGAUGAUUUAAAGUUUGGCCAAUUUUACAAUGAAAAAAUUGCAAUUAUGAAGAAUACACCGGACACAUGUCAAUUAUUGAUGAAAAUUAAACAUCUAAUUAAAGUAACACCAAUAGAAUUGCCAGAAAAAUUACCAAAUGAUCUUUUAACAAAUAAAGAAACUUAUCUACAUGAAAAUGGAAAAUUACUAAUCUUUCCAAGAAUGGAUCAAAAUCGUUUAGAUGCAUUUGAUAAUUUUAAAACAAAUGUCAAGAGAUUUGAUUUAAAAACAAUGAAAAAAUAUUUACGAUUAAAAUGGCUAAAUCCAAUUGAAGCACAUGGUUCGGUUUAUAAUAAUAAUAGUGAUAAUUAGAAAAUAAAAGAAAAUUGUAGAGAAAAAUUUACAUUUCAUAUUUAAUAAAAAAUUGUUUUGUAAGUUAAAUAAA